AUGACAGGCGACUUCAAGCUCUCCGCGACACUGCGAGGGCACGAGGAAGAUGUGCGGUCAGUGGUCUUCCCAACUCGACAGAACAUCUUCUCGGCAUCACGCGACAACACAGUGCGCAAAUGGGCACUCACGUCCCCCAAACCACCUCUUUACGACGACACAAUAGCACUCCAAGGUUCACACUGGUUCAAUGGACUCGCAUAUGCGCCACCUUCGGAACAGCACCGAGAUGGCCUCGUGGCAGCAGGAGGAAAGGAGACAUUUGUGUUUGUGAAGAGGAUAGGUCAGGCACCGGAAGAGGACCCUCACCGCAUGCUCAUCGGCCACGCCGGCAACAUCACGUGUUUGGCCUUCAGUGAAGAUGGCAGCAAGAUCGUCAGUGGAGGAUGGGACAACCAGGUGUUCGUGUGGGACAUUGAGGAGGGGAAUGUUAUUGCAGAGCUGAAGGGCCAUGAGGGCCCAGUAUGGGGGGUGAUGGUCUACGACGAGAAGAUUGUUUUGACUGCGUGCGCCGACAAGAUGGUUCGCGUAUUCGACAUCAACGGAAAGCACCUCACAACGAUCAAAGGGCAUACGGAUGUCGUCCGCGCUUUCUGCAAGUUGCCACCUGGACACUGGUCGGGAGCAGCAUUUGCAUCAGCAGGCAAUGAUGAGGUGAUUCGACUAUGGACACUGGAAGGCACACCCAUGGGCGAGCUCGAUGGUCAUACAGCCUACAUCUACGAUCUCGCGGCGCUCCCAAACGGAGAUAUCGUGAGCUCGUCUGAAGAUCGCACGGUGAGGAUAUGGCGGGAUGGAAAGUCGGUCCAAACCAUAACGCACCCGGCCAUUAGCAUAUGGACGGUGGCAGCUUGUGGCGAGACAGGCGACAUCGUGAGUGGCGCGAGUGACAACAUGAUUCGAGUUUUCUCGCGAGAUCCAGAACGGCAAGCAGAUCCAGAGACCAUCAAGUCCUUCGAGGAGAGCAAUCGUAUGUAUGCCAUACCUGCAGAGACGGCGUCGCAGGGACUACCUUUUCAGAAGGAGAACUUGCCUGGACCUGAAGCACUGCAGACACAGGUUGGCCAACGCGAUGGCCAGCAGCUCUUCGUUCGAGAGAACGACGGCAGCGUGACCGCUCAUCUCUGGUCGCUAUCGACGAGCCAAUGGGAUCUGGUGGGCACAGUCGUUGAAGGCGAAGGCAGUGGCGCGUCGAAGAAGACGUUCGACGGCAAGGAGUACGACUACGUCUUCGACAUUGACAUCGAGGAUGGCAAGCCAGCCCUGAAACUCCCUUACAACCUCAGCGAGAACGCAUGGGAUGCAGCCCGUAAGUUCCUGGAACGGAACGAACUGCCCAUGGAGUACUACGAGCAAGUCGCCAACUGGAUUACGGAGAACACUAAGGGAGCCAGGCUCACGCAGGGCAGCGGCGCUCCAAGUUCGCAACAAGCGUAUGAUCCAUUAGGAACCGAGCGGCGAUACAAGCCAGGUGCUUCCGAGUCGGGACAGCGCAAGCUACCGCAAACCAGCUACGUGAGCAUCUCGGAGGGCAAUGCUCAGAAUGCGGUGAACAAGAUUUUGGAGUCUUCGAAGCAGUUGCGUGAGGCAGGAAAGAUCCAACAAGAAGCUGCACUCGACUCCGCAGCAGCCGAGAGCCUCUCAAAGCUCGCCGAACAGCUUACCAGCUCACCAAAGGAUCCACACCCGACCGACAACCAAGUCGACGCCCUUCUUCGAGUGUCUGCUCAGUGGCCUACAGGAUCGAGAGUACCUGGCGUCGCACUCUUGGCUCGCCUCGCCGUUGCUCCCGCCUUCGUCCAGGCGACCAGUACACCCGAUAAAGACACGAUCGUGAAGGUACUGGACUCUUCAGGCCUUCUUCAACCCAAGCAAAGCACAGCAAACAACGCCGUCCAUGCCCUCCGCCUCCUUGCCAACCUCUUCGCCACCGACUCCGGCCGGCUCAUCAUAGACGGCGAGUACGACCAAGUCCUCAGCAUCGUACGACCGUUCGCCAACGAGCCAGAGUCCGCUGCACAGUUCAAAGCCCUGACCGCUCUCUACCUCAACUACGCCAUCCUGCUCACAUCAGGAGCACCCGCAGCCAACACGCCGAUGCGGGAAACGCGCGCCAACGCGCUUCUCAUGGAGAUCGGCGCAGCGCUGGAGUGCGAGAGCCAGUAUGCGAACGAUGGCGAGGCGCUGUACAGGGUCUUGUUGGCUCUGGGGACGCUGUUGACGCUUGGCGGGGAGUUCAGACAGAACGCGAAGAUGGGUGUGAGUGGGAGUUUGCACUUUAUUCGGUCGAAGCCGGCGGCGCAGCUGGCGAACGUGCAGGAGGUGUUGCAGGAGAUCAAGGAUGAGUUGAGGUAG